GAGCCAUCCAACAUAAAUGCUGGGGCCUGAACUCAGAUCCUCUACAAGAGCAGCAAAUGCUCUUAGUGCUUCACUUUUUCCCAUUUUAUUUAUCUAAUGGGGUGGGGUUACGGCUAGUGUGUCACUUGUACAAAUGGAGGUCAGAGGAAAGCUUGCAGAAAUCGAUUCUCUUCCAUCCUGUGGAUUCGGGGAGUUGAACUCAGAUCUUCAGGCUUGUGGGCAAAUGCCUUUUCCUGUGAAGUCAUCUUGCUAGCCUGCUUGUUUAUAUCCAUAUAAAAUUAGGUCUUGGGCUUUAGAGCUGGCUCAGCAGUUGAGUGCCUGCUACAUGAUUAUGAUGACUCUCAUGUACACACAAAAUUAAAAAUUGUAAACAUUCUAACAAUUCAUUCAAAGAUAUACACACUGAGGAAUGACAAUAGAAAAAUAUUGCCUUUUUCUGUAAUUAAAUCAUAGUUUUAUAAAAGUAGGAAACUGUACAGUGAAAACCCUACAAUUCAUAUAAUGUAAUAGUCGUAUCUGAGCUGAGGUGUUUCAAGGAGCAUUGCAUGGCAUGAUGGCAUACACGGUACAAAGUGCACAGGUUGAGUGUUAAGGACCAAGAUGGAGCAAAGGUUCCCGAGUUCAGUUCCCAACACACGUGUCAAGUGACUCAUAGCCACCUCUAUCUCCAGAUUCUGGGGAUCCUCUUCUGAGGGCACCGGCGCUCACAUGCACAUACUCCACACACACAUAAAUACACAUAAUUUUUAAACAAACCAAGAAACCUUAAAGGACAAAGAACCAAGACAGUGGAGUUAUCUGAUACAACCCAGGAGAGUUAUGCCAGAAAUAUGUUGGAUUCAUUAUGCAUUUGAUUUUGAAUUAAUUUUUGGUAGUACAUUCAGAAACCUUUUCCUGUUGUCAGAUUUUCAUGACCAGAGUUCAAUUCCCAACAUCCAGAUGGCAGCCCACAACUGUCUUUAAGUCCAAUUCAGAAGGAUCUGAUGCCUCUUCUGGUCUUCCUGGGUACUGCAUGCAUGUGUUGCCCAGACAUACAUGCAGACAAAACACCCAUAAUCACAAAAAUAGUGAAAUGUUGGUACUGCAUGCAUGUGUUUCCCAGACAUACAUGCAGACAAAACACCCAUAAACAAGAAAUAAUGAAAUGUUCAAAAAUAUUUUUAAAUCUUUUUUAAUGCAGACACUGUGACAUGCACCGAUAAUCCUAGUGCUUGAGAAGCAAGCACAGGAGCCUCCCCUGGGGCUCCCUGACUAAGCUAGCUUUACCUGACUGGUGGCCUCAAAGUCCAGUGAGAAACCCUGACUCAAAAAAAAUAAGACACAACGAGACAAAGGAAGACCUAGUGCUGAGCUCAGCCCUCCACAUGCACAUACCCUCACACACAAACACAUAUGCACCACAUGUACAACAGGAAGUUGCCAUUGUGCUCUAGAGCCUACGCAGUCAUUGAUUUCAAAUUCAAAAGCAUGAAGUCACUCUGUAUCUAUUGAUCUGCACUGCAUACUUCUGGAUUUUUUUCUGUCACCCGAAUCUUGACAUAAGAUACUAUUUUUGUUUGAUAUCUGAGGCAGAAAGCAGUUUGCUUCAGGAUACAACAUUGCUAACAUGCAAUAGCCUUUAUGUUCUUAUGGACGUGAUGGUUUCAUUUGUAUUUUAUUUUUAAAUUAUUAUUCUGUGUGAUGUAUGUGUUGUUAUUUAUUAUUUUUAUUGUGUAUGGUGUGUGUGUGUGUGUGUGCAACUGCCAUGGCUCACUGGUGGAGGUCAGAGGUCAACUUGCAGGAGUCAGUGCUCUCCUUCCUCCAUGCAGGUUCAAAAGACUGAGCCCAAGUUGUCAGGCUUGUAGCAAGAACCUUUGCCUACAGAGUCCUCUCUCCCACGCCAACCUUAUUUUCUUGGACAACGUCCGCCACUGAACCUGGAGCUCCUGUGUGAUCUAAACUGCCAUGGUGAAAGAAAAGAAAAAAGCAGACAAGAAAGGCGAUAAGUCGGCCCGCUCUCCGUCCUCCAAUUCGGAAAACCCAGAGGCUUUCAAAGAUGGCGCUGGGAAGCAGGAAGUACCGGCUGGUGCCCUCCCAGUAUUGGAAAUGCCACUCAAGCAGUUGGCACCCAAAAGAGACUCUGCAAAUAUGUAUCAGAAUGAAGAUGAAACCCAGUAUGAAGAGCCCAUCCUGACCAAACUCAUUGUGGAAAGCUAUGAAGGAGAGAAAAUCCGAGGACUGUAUGAGGGAGAAGGCUUCGCUGUCUUUCAAGGUGGAAACACCUACCAUGGUAUGUUUUCAGAAGGACUGAUGCAUGGACAAGGGACUUAUAUCUGGGCUGACGGACUGAAAUACGAGGGGGACUUUGUGAAGAAUAUCCCCAUGAACCAUGGCGUGUACACAUGGCCAGAUGGCAGCACGUAUGAAGGAGAAGUGAUCAACGGCAUGAGGAAUGGAUUUGGUAUGUUCAAGUGUGGCACACAGCCCGUGUCCUACAUCGGCCACUGGUGUCAUGGCAAGAGACAUGGGAAGGGCUCCAUCUAUUACAAUCAAGAGGGAACCUCUUGGUAUGAGGGAGACUGGGUAUACAACAUCAAAAAGGGCUGGGGAAUAAGAUGCUACAAGUCAGGAAACAUAUAAGAAGGCCAGUGGGAAAACAAUAUGCGUCAUGGGGAAGGCAGAAUGAGAUGGCUUACCACAAACGAGGAGUACACUGGCCACUGGGAGAAGGGGAUCCAGAACGGCUUUGGAACAUACACAUGGUUUCUUAAGAGAAUCCCCAACUCUCAGUAUCCUUUGAGAAACGAAUACAUAGGAGCAUUUGUAAACGGAUUCCGUCACGGACAUGGGAAGUUUUACUAUGCCAGUGGAGCAAUGUACGAGGGAGAAUGGGUUUCCAACAAAAAGCAUGGCAGGGGCAGGAUAACUUUCAAGAACGGACGAGCGUAUGAAGGUCUGUUUUCCAAUGACCACAUUGCACAGUACCUUGAAACUGAAAUCGAUUACACACGCAGCCUGGACCGUCCGUCAGAUGUUUCCCAAAGGAGCCGGCUGCCUCGGGGAUCUUCUGCCAGUGCUGAUAGGGAGCCUGAGACCCUGCGAAAGUUGGACGGCAGCGAAAGCCAUUCUGUGUUAGGAUCCAGUAUUGAACUGGACUUAAAUUUGUUGCUGGACAUGUACCCUGAGGAAACCCAAGAAGAAGAAAAGAAGCAGGUGGAAUACGCAGUCCUGAGGAACAUUUCAGAGUUAAGGAGAAUCUACUGCUUCUACAGCGGCCUCGGGUGUGACCACUCUCUGGAUAACACCUUUCUCAUGACCAAGCUUCACUUCUGGAGAUUUCUGAAAGAUUGUAGGUUUCACCAUCACAAUAUCACCCUUGCAGAUAUGGACAGGGUGCUAAGUGUCUAUAAUGGCAUACCAAUCGAAGAAAUCCACUCUCCGUUCAGAACUAUACUCUUAAGAACAUUCCUCAAUUACCUCCUGCAGUUGGCUCACCACAUCCAUCACAAAGAGUUCCAGAACAGAAGCCCAUCACUCUUUCUGUGUUUUACAAAACUGAUGACUGAGAACAUUCAUCCACAUGCCUGCCAGGUAAAAGGUCAUUUAUUCAGUGAGCAACAGCGGACGCUCUACUCAAUGAAUUAUAUCGAUAAGUGCUGGGAGAUUUACACGACCUACUGCAGACAAAACGAAGCCCCGCCCUAUGAGCUAACAAUGAAGAUGAGGUAUUUCCUCUGGAUGCUGAAAGACUUUAGGAUGAUAAACAAGGACUUAACUGCGACCAAAUUUAUGACUGUGAUAGCAGAGGACAACCCUUUUGUGUAUGACGGAACUGACAGCAACUUUGAACUUGAGCUGGUUUUCCUGGAAUUCUUUGAAGCUCUCUUAUGCUUCUCACUCUGCUGCAUUUUUGACCGGAUGACUAGAUCCUAUUUAAAAGUUCCAUAUGAUGAUGCUACUGGAAACCGAUACGGCAGCGUUCACACAAUACUCAACCAGAGCAACCACAGGAGCCCAAGUGCAAUCACGAGCCAUGAUUCCGAAGUCCACUUCAGCAGCACCAAGUCGUCUUCUGACAAGACAGGAGUUUUGCCUGACAGUAAAAUCAGGAAGUCAGAGCCCAAGCUCAAGAAAUCCCUAAGUGAGGACAAAGACUCUAAAAUGAACCUCAAGAGUCAAGGAAGAGGGCUGGUGUUUAUGUCCCCACACGAGAAAUAUGAAAAACCCAAAGAUGAACAGAAAGAGAAACUCAACAUAUGGGUGAACAACCUCUAUGUCUUCUUUGUGAGCGUGCUUUUCAGCGCCUACAAACGUGAGGAGAUGCUCAAGGGGAAGAUAAAGGAGAACCGGCUGGAGCAAGCAGCACUGGCUCAGCAGAGGCAGAUAGAGGAUGAAGAGCUGGAAGCCAGGCUGAACAUCCUACGGGAAGAAGAGGCCAAGAGACAAGACUUCGAUAUUGACAUCACUUUGUUAAAGGAGCCAUUGGAAGCUCCAUCUUCACUGCCACUGACACCCAGCCCUCCUAAAGAGGACUUAGUUUCCACCCAGACCAGCAAGACCAGUCCUGGCAAGAAGAAAAAGAAGUGAAGGUACUGGAAGUCAUGGCUGAGCUGCAAGGACAGCAGACAUAUGAGCUCUGAGAUGAGUGUCCCAUAAAAUAAAGGGUUUGAGCUUAGCUUCUGAUAGAGUUUCUGAGGUGCUCUACUUGGGUCCACAUGUGAAGUUUCUUGUAUGGCUGCAUUUGCAAAAACUAAACUAAAUGACUAUGUAGACAUGCAUAUAUUAGUAAAUGUGUAUUAAAUAUAUUUUUGUAAAUCAACGUUAGCUGAACCAAAAGGCCCAUCCCAGCACUCGGGAGAUACAGGCAGGAGACUGCUGCAAGAUCAAGUCAGCCAGAUGACAUAGCAAGACCCUAUCUCAAAGAAACAAAAAUAGGGGUUAGAGAGCUCACUUGGUGCUUCAAAGCAUGUGCUGCUUUUGCAGAGGACCCAAGUUUGGUUCCCAGCACUUACAAUGGGGCAGCUUAUGAUGGUCUGUAACUGCAGCUCCAAGGGAUCUGGAACCAUCUUCUGGAAUUUGUGGAUAUGAGAAACAUGUACACACAAAAAUAAAUAAAUGAAUAAAUAAAAACAAGGUAGUGAGUGAUAGAAGACAUCCAAGAUCUAUCCCUGGCUUCCACGUGAGCAUACACAGGUAAGCACACCCAUCCACAUGUAGACACAUGCAUACCACACACAUAUGCACAGACAUACACCCAAGCACCAUAAGCA